CAUUUUUCCAAUGAACUUUAUUUUUUGUAAGGGUGUUCAGACAACAUGGAAACAUACAAUCUAACAAAUGUCUCUGAAUUCCAACUCAUGGACUUCUCCGAAGAUCCAGACCUGAAGCCCAUCCUCUUUGGACUGUUCCUGACCAUGUACCUGGUCACAGUACUGGGGAACCUGCUCAUCAUUCUGGCUGUUAUCUAUGACUCCCACCUCCACACACCCAUGUACUUCUUCCUCUCCAACCUGUCCUUGGCUGACAUCUGUUUCAUUUCCACCACGGUCCCAAAGAUGAUUGUGGACAUUCAAACUCACAGCAGGGUCAUCUCCUAUGUGGGCUGCCUGAUGCAGAUGAAUUUCUUCAUCAUUUUCAUGUGUAUGGAUGACAUGGUCCUGACUGUGAUGGCCUAUGACCGAUUUGCGGCCAUCUGCCACCCCCUGCAUUAUGCAGUCGUUAUGAGCCCUCGGCUCUGUCUCUUACUAAUAUUGAUGUCUGUCUUUUUUAGCCUUUUUGCUUCCCAAGUGCAUAAUUUCCUUGCCUUACAACUUACUUGCUUCAAGGAUGUUAAAAUUGCUAAUUUCUUCUGCCACCCUUCUCAGCUCCUUACCCUCUCAUGUUCUGAUUCGUUAAUCAAAAAUAUGGUCACAUAUUUUGCUGGUGUCAUACUUGGCUUUUUUCCUAUGGCUGGGAUCAUUUUCUCUUACUCUAAAAUUGUGUCCAGUGUUCUGAGAAUCCCAUCAUCAGGUGGGAGGUACAAAGCCUUUUCUACCUGUAGUUCUCACCUCUCAGUUGUUUGCCUGUUUUAUGGAACAGGCCUUGCUGUGUACCUUAGUUCAGCUGUGUCAUAUUCUCCCAGUAAGGGCAUGGUGGCCUCCCUGAUGUAUACUGUGGUCACACCUAUGCUGAAUCCCUUCAUCUACAGCCUGAGGAAUAAGGACUUCAGUAGCUUUCUGAAGAGGCUCCAUUGUGGGACAGUCUAA